CGCUCCUCUCUCGAGCUUCUCUCUUCAGCUUCAGCCCCUCUUUUGAAGCGUGCGCGAGGCGACGGGCACUGAAGCGCGAGGCGGUUCUCCCCGUCACUUCAGUCAACAUGGCCACACUUGUAACCUCGACCAGAUUCACAGACGAGUAUCAGCUGUACGAGGAACUCGGAAAGGGUGCCUUUUCCGUUGUUCGCCGAUGCGUCAAGAAGUCCACGGGGCAGGAGUAUGCUGCCAAAAUUAUCAACACAAAAAAGCUGACGACCAGAGAUCACCAGAAACUGGAGCGGGAGGCGAAGAUUUGUCGUAUGCUUAAACAUCCAAACAUAGUGCGACUGCAUGACAGCAUCGCGGAAGAAGGCUUCCAUUACCUCAUUUUUGACCUAGUCACAGGAGGAGAACUGUUCGAGGACAUCGUUGCUCGAGAGUACUACAGCGAGUCUGAUGCCAGCCACUGCAUCAAUCAAAUCCUGGAAAGCAUCAGUCAUAUCCACCAGCAUGAUAUUGUUCACAGAGACCUAAAGCCAGAGAACCUUCUCCUUGCCAGUAAGAUGAAGGGAGCAGCUGUGAAGCUGGCAGAUUUCGGUCUAGCCAUUGAGGUGCAGGGGGACCAACAGGCAUGGUUUGGUUUUGCAGGAACUCCGGGAUAUUUGUCUCCGGAGGUUUUGAGAAAGGACCCAUAUGGCAAGCCAGUGGACAUUUGGGCAUGUGGUGUGAUCCUUUACAUUUUGUUGGUGGGGUAUCCUCCUUUUUGGGAUGAAGACCAACACAAACUGUACCAACAAAUCAAAGCUGGUGCAUAUGACUUUCCUUCUCCAGAGUGGGACACGGUGACCCCUGAGGCCAAGAAUCUGAUCAAUCAGAUGUUAACCAUUAACCCCGCUAAACGAAUCACAGCUGAUCAGGCCCUCAAGCAUCCCUGGGUCUGCCAACGCUCCACUGUGGCCUCCAUGAUGCAUCGUCAAGAGACCGUCGAAUGUCUGCGCAAGUUCAAUGCCAGGAGGAAACUUAAAGGAGCUAUCCUCACAACAAUGCUGGUGUCCAGAAAUUUUUCAGUGGGACGGCAGCACACCAGCCCUGCCGCUACCACCAGCACGGCCGCAAUGGCACAGGAAGCUUGUAAAACCUUACUAAACAAAAAGUCGGACGGUGUGAAGGGAAACGACAGUAAAAACAGUGUAGUCAGCAGCAGCAGCACCAAAGACAGCAGCAUGUCAUCGUCAGCACCAAUGGAAGCCCAGACAACCGUUGUACACAACCCAGCAGACGGCACCAAGGGCUCCACAGAGAGCUGUAAUAAUGCGGAAGAGGAGGACACGAAAGGUAGGAAAGCUCGUAAACAAGAGAUAAUAAAGAUGACCGAGCAGCUGAUUGAAGCCAUCAACAACGGAGAUUUUGAGGCUUACACGAGAAUCUGUGACCCUGGACUGACUUCUUUUGAACCGGAGGCUCUUGGAAACCUGGUGGAGGGCAUGGACUUUCACAAGUUCUACUUUGAUAAUCUUCUGAGUAAAAAUAGCAAACCAGUGCACACCACCAUCCUCAACCCCCACGUCCAUCUGAUUGGCGAGGAGGCCGCCUGCAUCGCCUACAUCCGUCUGACGCAGUACAUCGACAGCCAAGGGCGGCCACGCUCCUGCCAGUCAGAGGAGACUCGUGUGUGGCACCGCCGCGACGCCAAAUGGCUCAACGUGCACUUCCACUGUUCAGGAGCUCCGGCUGCACCGCUGCAGUGAACAGACAACUCAGGCUCAGGUUUGCCUGAAGUCUAAAACCAUUAGGAGCAUUUUCCCUUCGUGGUCGGAGUGGAGUCUGAAAUCCUGGCUGGGACGAGGAUGUAAGGAUAACGCAAACGUGGGGAAACAAUAUUUCAAUAAGAAAAAUAAAUUAAAGCAUAUUCUGAAAGCUCGAACGAAUGACUGACCAACACCUAUCCAGACCAACCCUUAUAGAUGUUGGGGCGCAGGUGAUGUCAGCCCCCUCCUGAAGAUGGUGCAUGUUUGUGAUGGUAACACAGGGGUGAUGCUGUCCUCAAUGGCCUUUCUUUCCCCGUCUGUUUGCUCUGCCGUGUGGAAAAGUAUUAAUGUUUUAAAGAAUAUACGUAGAUAUAUAAUUAGUGUAAAACAAGUACACUUGACACACAGUGAGUAUGACUCAGCAGCAAGUAUAUAUGAAUGAUGUCUGGUGUCAAUAGAGCAGCAGAAUGCUUGUUAGUAUUUUUUUAAGUUAAUUGUGCUGGUGGGGUUUAUGGGAGCAACUAAUAUCAGAUUUUACCACCAAUUUUAGAAGUCAGGUGCGAGUAUCUGCAGUGUUUUAAGGUGUUAUGUUACUAAAGGGACAUUUAUUUUUUACUUUUGUAAUAUGUUAAUAAAUGCUUUGUCUUGAUUGAGAUAUGUCAAAGUAUUUUGUGUUUAAUUUUUUUUUUUUUUUUUAAUAAAG